AUGGCAAAUAUUUCACCUUCAACGAAAAAUUCUAUGGAAAAGGUUAGUAAGAAAAAUGUGUACCUAUUAUGUAUUAAUUUAUUAUGUAUUAUGGACCUAUUAUAGUUUUAUCUGUAUAUUAUACAUUAUUCAACAUAGUUUUAUUCGUAUUUUUAUUCCAGUCUGUUUCAUCAGCUCGACGCGUGAUGAUUGUUAAUUCUUACAAGGCGGAAUUAAGAAAAAAUCCGAAAUUAACAGUUCAAGAAGCUCGUAUUUUUAUAUCAAAACAACUUGGCACCGGACAACGAACAGUUUCAAAUGUCAUAAGUGAAUAUAAUUCCGGCAAAACUGUGACCUCUCCGUCCAAAACUCGUAAUAAGCCAUCAUUUAAAGAUAAGUUUGAUGAUGUACAACUAUUUAGUUGUACGCCUACGUACUGUAUUUACAGUACGUAGGCAUGUUCAUUUAUUUUGAUUUAAUAAAACAAUACCCACAUUGGACAAAAUACUACAAGUUGUUAAGGAUGACGACAGUUUGCCAGAUAUUUCGAGAAUUAAUUUACAACAAUUAUUGAAAUUUAUGGACUUCAUGUACAUAAAACGCAGUCGAAAUAGUGCUCUCAUAGGGAAGGAGGAAAUUGUUUUGUGGCAAAGACGGUAUUUACAAAAUAUACGUAAAUAUCGUGAAGAAGAGCGGACGAUAUACUACUUAGAUAAAACAUGGGUAAACGCAGGACUAUACAAGUAAAACGUGAGUAGACAAGACCAUUAAAUCACCCCGUGAUGCAUUUUUGCAAGGUCUCACUCAGAAUCCAUCUGGCAAAAACAAGAAGCUCAUUGUUCUACACAUUAGGUCCGAAGACGGGUUCGUGCCAGGUGACCUGUGUUUUGAGUCAAACAAAACCACGGACUACCAUGAAGAAAUUAAUGGGAACACAUUUUAUAAAUGGAUGACAAACGUAUUACCACGACUUAAAGAAAACAGUGUUUUUGUAAUGGAUAACGCUCCGUAUCAUUCUAUGAAGAAAGAAAAUAAUUCAAAUAUAACUACCAGAAAAGCAAACAUCAUAAAAUGGUUACAGGAAAAGGGUGAGUUAAUUGAUCGACCUAUGGUGAUCGUUGAAUUACUCGACAUGGUAAAACAAAUAAAACCACAAUUUGAUAAGUAUGUUAUUGACGAUCUGGUCGAAACACAUAACCGAACAAUAUUAAGACUCCUACCUUAUCAUUGUGAGUUAAACCCAAUAGAAAUGGCGUGGGCUUCCGUGAAAGGUCACGUAAAAAAGAAUACCAGCUAUAAAUUAUGUGACAUCAAAACAUAGGGAGGUAUAGAGCGAGUAUUUAAGAAUAAUAUGUGGAAAAAUUUCAUAAGGCACACGACAGAAUAGGAAGAAAAAUUCAAUAACGUCGAUUUUAUUAUAGUCUUAUGUUGACGGCAGAAACGGAACGUGUAAUAAUGACAAUUAGCAAUACAUCUUCGGAUUCUGUAUUUUCUGAUAAGUAAUAUAAAUUUUUUUUUUCUAUAUGUUUGUAAAUCUAAUAACUUUGACAAUGUUCAAGAAUAUAAAAAAAAAUGUGUCCUGUCAAAUGUUGUUCUUUAUAAUCUAACCUAUCCUAUUUAUACAGAAAAUUUAAAUAUUAUUUUGAUUAUUAUACUAAAUUUUAUAUAUCAAGGUGCAUAUGAAAAAAAAAUAAAACUUACACAAAUAAAGGAAAACAAUUGAGGUAGGAUCGGUAAAAACGUUUAUAAUAUAUUGUGUUCAAUAUGUUAACGAAAAAUAUGUGUAUUAUUUUACUGUAUAAUACGCUUAAUGCGUUGUUACUUCAAUUCCCUGUAUUCACGGCGGCGUCGUCGGCGGCGGCAACAUCGUCGACGACGCCGAACACGACCAACUACCGGCGACCAAUGACAGUGCGAAUAGACCCAGCCAGGGGAUUCCGUACGUCGCUCUGCGAUUCAUUUGGAUACGCCAACGCGGUGCGCUCUUAUUUGGUACAGAGUUUAGCUAAAAAGAAAUAGAUCAAUCAACUUCUUUUGAUGCAACAUCUACUUCAUUACGUAUCUACUAUAAGGUACCUUAUAAAGACUUCUUUAUAAAUAUAACAACUAAAUUUAAACCAUAAUAGUACAUAAAAAUUAUACAGAUAUUAUUUUGAGAUCUGCGUAAAUAUUAUUGGGUGGAAAUUAUAUUUUUUUUUAAGUUUGAAUUGAAUAAUUAAUUUUUUAGGAUUUUGCAAAUAUUGAUUUUUAUGAUAUUGGGAAUUUUAUAAAUCAUGGAAAAUUGUCGGACGAGAUCAUUUAUAAAGCUUUAAAACAAUCGUGGGUACCCGAUAAAUCGUACGAUUUUAAAAAGAGACUCUGAUACUGGAAAUCGUUUAUUUCGUCUCCAGUGGUUAGUAGAUUAUUCUUUUAAUUCAUACUCUUCAAAAUUAAAAGGAGUUUUAUGUGGUUAUUUUUUAUUAUUCAAGCUUCAACUGGAUUGAGGAGUGCAAGGUCAUUUCAUUAUUAACGAAAUAUAUCGAAAUAUAAAGAUUUCCAUGGCUCUAUGAAACUUCAUCUUCAAUCUAAAUGGCACCGUGACUCAACAAAUAGAGCAAAAAAUUUUUGUGAUAUUUUAGAAAAUAAAAAAGUGUUGUUCAAUUUAUGAGUUCUGCUCAACAACCAACAAUAGAGUCAAACAGAGCGAAACUAAUACAGAUAGUCGAAACAAUAGUUUUUUUUGGUAUACACAACAUGCCUUUAAGAGGAAAAACUGGCGAGACUGCUAUCUUCAAUAGCUUAUUAAAAUUUAUAGUAGACGCAGAGAUACCAUUUUAAAUGACCAUUUGCAAAAUUCUCCAACAAAUGCAACUUAUGUUUCACAUAGGUUUCAAAAUGAACUUAUAAAUAUAUGUAAUCAAGUGUUUCCAGAACAUUUAAUUAAAGAUGUAAAGGAAAGCCAGUUCUUUUCAGUUAUUGCUGAUGAGUCAUAUGAUAUAUCCGGUAAAGAGCAGCUUUCAUUGGGAGUAUGAUUCAUGCACAAAAUGUCAACUGGUGAAUUCUGGGUAAGGAAAAAAUAUAUAGAAUUUGCACCAUUGCAAUGUUUGGAUGCUAAAACUAUAUCUGAACAAAUUCUGUCCACUCUCAUAAAAUUUGGGCUUGAUCUAUCAAAAAUGGUCGGUCAAACCAAUGACGGCUGAUCUACUAUGGCGGGAAAAAUAAGUGGAGUUAGAAAAUAAAUUGAAGAUAAAUAUCCAAACGCAAACUUUUUUCAUUGUAAUUCUCAUAUAUUGAAUUUAGUUAUUAAUUCUUUGUAUGAUGUUUCCGAAAUUCGUAACACGGUUGGAACAAUAAAACAUUCAAUAAAUUUUUUCCGAGAAAGUCCUCUAAGAAGAAAAUACAUUCCAAACAUUCCUCUAUUAACAUAAUAUUGGAAGCGUUGCAGAAACUAUCGUAAAGUGACGUAAACCGAAAUACAAAAAGCCGUGCUUUUCAACUAUAUAGUUCGUGUAGUUAUUCAACAUUUUUGAUUUGUUUGUUUGUUAUGGCUGAAUAUUCGUCUAUAUUGGAACCAGUUGCCAAUCUACUCCAAGGAGUUAAAUGUACUUGCUGAUUGUGCUGAACGUUAUUUUAAAAUGACUAUUUUUAUUCGGUAUGUUGAUUCAUUAAUAUUAUCCCUUAAAGAACGAUUUCCAGAAGAAAAUGAAGUACCUUAUUCUAUUUUUCAAUUAUUACCAGAUUAUAUGAGAAAACUCAAUGAACAUCAAUAUAGAUCAUUUACUGAAAAAAUUUCAAAAAAGUAAAGCUCUUUCCAAACAAUUUUGUAGCUGAAUCAAUAAUUUGGCAUGAUUACCAUAAUAGCUCAAAAAUUCAAAAAUCAAAAGAUGUACUAGAUAUACUAAAAGAAUUGGAACAAUUUUACUCAUCCGUAUUUUUGGCAAUUUGUAUUGGCCUUAGCUUUCCCGUAACUAAUUGUACUGCUGAGCGGUCCUUCAGCACUUUGCGGAGGGUUAAAACCUGA